UUAACAGUUUUAUAACGGAAUAUAAUCCUUCAGUGAAGUCCCGGUCCACACUCCGUACCAGUAGGUGGCGCUAUUGUACAAAUUCGCUGUAAACCGAAAUAAACAACGAAGAAGUAAAAGAACAAUGGUGAACCGGUCAGCUGAUCUGAUCCAACAGCAGAAUUGACGUCGCUGUUCAUUUAUUCUCAGCUCCGGACACCAUGAAGACAAGCAGAAGCAAAGCGAGCGGAACCGCUGACAGGGAGUUCGUGUUCGAGUUCAAGGCCGGGAAAAACAUCUGCGUGCUCAGAGUUCCGCUGCAGCUUCCGGUCCAGCUGAACAUCAGGGAUCUGCACGGGAGGCUCAUGCUGCUGCACAAAAUCCCCUGCUACAUAGAAGAUGAGCUGAAAGCCGCCCUCUCCGCCUUCAUGGAGGAGCAGAGCGGCCUGGACUUCGACCGGGAGGCGGAGCUGGCCCUGCAGCGCCUCGCCUGCGGCGCCGUGGACGUCAACCAGCUGACUAGUGCGUGGGCCGCAUCCUACACUCAGACCAGCCUGGAGCACGCUCGGCCUGAAGAGUCCAGCUGGGACGAAGACUUCGCCGACGUUUACCACGAGCUGAUCCACUCGCCCGCGUCCGACACGCUGCUGAACCUGGAGCACAGCUACUUCGUCAGUGUGUCGGAGCUGAUCAGCGAGCGAGACGUGGAGCUCAGCAAGCUGCAGGAGAGGCAGGCAGCAGAGAUGGACAAAGUGAUGCAUGAGCUGGGAAACACGCUGAGCGACCAUGAUGUCAACGCCGUGGCUUCACAACACUUUGAUGCUCAGCAGGUGCUGGAGAACAGGUGGGCGAGCGAGCUGAAGCAGGUGACGGCCAUCCAGAAGCAGGAGUACCAGGACUGGGUUAUCAAGCUGCACCAGGAUCUGCAGAAAUCCAACAACAGCAGCCAAAUCAACGAGGAGAUCAAGGUGCAGCCGGGCCGGCUGGCGGAGGCUGCAGACGGCGGCUGCAGGCCGUUUGAGGAGCAGCCGCUGCUGGAGGAGAGCUUCACCAUCCACCUAGGAGCGCAGCUCAAGACGAUGCACAACCUGCGGCUGGUCCGCACCGACGUGUUGGACUUCUGCAAACACCGGCGCCACAGCAGCAGCGGCGCCAAGCUGCGGCGCCUGCAGACGGCGCUAUCACUCUACUCAUCCUCGCUCUGCGGCUUGGUGCUGCUGGUGGACAACCGGGUCAACUCCUACAGCGGCAUCAAGAGAGACUUUGCCACAGUGGCGAAGGAAUGCACCGACUUCCACUUCCUGAGCCUGGAGCAGCAGCUGGAGGAGGUGCAGCAGGCGGUGCUGUAUGCACGGGUGCAGUGCUGCAGCAAGCAGAAGCAGCCGGCAGAAAAUCAGAAGAAUGGAGGAGAUGAUAAGAGCAAAACAGCUGAAAGAAAUCCCUCAAAUAUUCUCCCAGGUGAGUUCUACAUCUCCAGACACUCCAACCUGUCGGAGGUCCACGUCGUCUUCCACCUGUGUGUGGACGACAACCUGCGGUCAGGAAGCAUCACGGCCCGCGACCCGGCCAUCAUGGGCCUGAGGAACAUCCUGAAGGUCUGCUGCACGCACGACGUCACCACCGUCACUGUGCCGCUGCUGCUGGUCCACGACAUGUCCGAGGAGAUGACCAUCCCCUGGUGCCUGAAGAGAGCAGAGUUGGUCUUCAAAUGUGUCAAAGGUUUUAUGAUGGAAAUGGCUUCGUGGGACGGAGGGAUCUCCCGCACUGUUCAGUUCCUGGUGCCAAAGAGCAUUUCAGAGGAGAUGUUCUACCAGCUGAGCAACAUGCUGCCUCAGAUCUUCCGUGUCUCUUCCACUCUGACGCUCACCUCAAAGCACUGAUGAGGAAAACCUUUCCCGAUGAGCCCAGGUCACGACCCGAUGAGCCCAGGUCACGACCCGAUGAGCCCAGGUCAGCGGAGAGCCUGGUCAGACUCUCAUCCAUCCAGAUUUCUGGAGAUGAAGCAGAAAACCUCGAAGCUUUGAAACGGAAAUGAAUGAAAAUGUUUUUCUGCCUGAUGGGUCGCUGACGGUCCACCCAGACAACGUCAGAACCAGAACAUCCUCGGUCCUGACCCAGUUCUGGUUCUGAGGUCAGACGUUUGGUGAAUAAAUCCUUCUGGAGAACAUUUGGUUCCUCCACAGUUCCUCCUGCUGGUUCAACAGAAACCUGCAGAACCAGACCCGGGUCUGGACUGCAGAUGUUCUGGUUGUGAUCCGCUUUCAUCUCUUCCAGCUUCUGGAAAGACAAGUUUUGUGGAUGAACUGAUCGUUUUUUCCAUCAGUUUAUUUGAGCUUCCUGGAUUCAUCUCAUUCUGGCUGCUGAUCUGAAAGGAAUGCAGCCAGUUCUACUGGGGAUAAACACGAAUUGGGACGCUCCCCAGCAAGACGUCUGCCUUACUAAAGCAAAUGAUUUCAUAUCUUCACCUUCCUAAAAUCAUGGGCCGAGUCAUUUUUAUCCAAAAUUACAUUUGCAAAAUAUGAUUUGGUUCGUUAUUUUAGGAAGAAAGGGGAAAUAUUCAACGAUUCAGAUGUUCCUUCCCUCCAACAGUAGGUGGCGCUGUUCCUAAAUACAGAGGAGGAACAAACUGGAGACCACAUACACACACACACACUCACACUCCACUUUCAUAAUCUGAACAAGCAUCGAUCCACCUGGGAUUAUUUUCCUGCUUCUGCCCUCAGUGAGUCCAUAAGGAUAUUUACUGUAUUUCUAAUUAAUGUUUUAUUGAUAAUAAUAAAGUCAGAGAGCUCA